AUGACAAGUAGAAAUCAGGCAAGAAGGGGUGGCAACAAACGUGAGCGGCCAGAUGAGUGGACUACAGAUGCGCGUGAUGCCACGCUCCUCCAAAAUAAGAGCUUUGAGAUGUAUUAUAAAAAUAAUCACAUCGUGCCUGAAUCUGAAUGGGAUUUCUUCAUGGAAUGCUUACGCACUAGUCUGCCUAUGGCACUCCGAGUGAGUCUCUUUACACUGCAUUCAGAGGUUGUUUUGAAACAUGUGGAGGGCCUCUUGGGUUCUGUUUUUCAGGUGCGGCGACUUCCUUUCUUUCCGCGCCAAAUGGCAUUGCAAUGCGACGUGAGCCGUGGUGAUUUGAAGCGUAAUGCGAACUACAAAUCGAUCAAAAAAUUGAUUGCUGCGCUCAACGAGGGUGGAUACUUAACCCGCCAGGAGACCGUCAGCAUGAUUCCUGUAGUCUUACUUCAAGUUAAGCCUGGACAUCGCGUAUUGGACCUAUGUGCCUCACCUGGAAGCAAGACUUCUCAGAUAUUAGAAACCCUAAUUUCAGAGCCACAAACGGGCGUCGUGGUCGCAAACGACGUGAAUGCGUCACGCUUAGACGUCCUUCAACAUCAGACAAAUCGGCUGUCUGGUGCCCAUUCGCACCUCAUUGUUACCAACUACGAUGCUGCCCGUUUUCCUUCCCUUUCAUCCGAGCAUAAAUUCGACCGUGUGUUAUGUGAUGUCGUCUGCUCCGGUGACGGGACGCUACGCAAAUCGGUAGAUAUGUGGCCACGCUGGAAUCCGGUGAAAGGGGCCGAUUUGCAUCUCAUACAGAUCCGUAUCUUGAUGCGGGGCAUGGAGCUGUGCAGAAAGGGAGGUAUAGUGGUGUACUCCACGUGCAGCUUGAAUCCAGUUGAGGAUGAAGCUGUCGUCUCCGAAUGCCUGCAUCGGGCAAAAGGCAUGUUUCGCCUUAUCGAAACAGAGCCGCUGCUGCCAGGGUUGAAAUCGUCACCAGGACUCGCGACGUGGAACCUCACGAGUAAGAGCCUGGAUACCACAUUCUACACUUUUGAGCAGGCUAAGGCGUAUAUGGAUGCCUCACAACCGCGAAAGGGAUUUCAGUAUCGAGAAAGUAUGUUUCCCAACCCCGAGCGACUUCAGGAGCAACACAUCCACCUCUCGCGUCGUAUCCUACCGCAUGCGCAGGAUACGGGUGGGUUUUUCGUGGCGGCGAUGGAGUGCAUCGAAGAGUUGGGUGUGGGAGCACCUUCAGUAGCGGAUGGCGAGCCGGCGCUCUUCCGGCCCAUCUCAGACUCCAUACGCACAUCUGUUCAGAAUGCACUUCGUCUUCCCCAUUUAUUCCCCUAUGGUCAGCUUCUAUGUCGCAAUGAAACGGCGCGAGAGCAAAAGAUCUACUACGCGAACGUGCCAACAAUCAAGCUUAGCGCGAGGCUCGGGGGUCGUGUGGUGAGCGUUGGGUCUAAGAUUAUCGAGGCAUACGCUAAGUACAGCAACGAUAAGUUACGUUUCCACGCCGAGGGGGUCUCAACCUUGGCGAGCUUGCUACCUUCUAAUUUUGUGUAUCAGGCAGAGCCACAGCUUUUCGUGGAUAUGGCGCAUAACACGCCUAUGAAAUUGGAAGCGUUUCGCGCACGAUUGAAUCUCCCGCCGGAGGAGUCCAUGCUGCCAUAUUUCCUGCUCUCGACCAGGAUUGAGCUUGUAGGGUCGUUGUACGCUGCGGUGGAGUUCUUUGCAAAUCUCAACCAGGUAAUCGCACGUAUAGCGGACUGGCAGGUGACUCUCUGCAGGGAGGACCUGGGGCUGCCCAUCAUCUCGUCCGGUGCAGAUAAUGACGCUAAGGCCGACGACGGGGACUCCUGA